CUUAAUGGGAGGAGAGGAGGGAGGAGGAUUUGCAUUCUUACCUUAUGGAUCUACUUGGAGAAGAUUACGUCGCAUUGCACACACGGGUCUGGUCAAAGCUAAAAUCAACGAAUAUCAACCUAUCCUUAAUGAGCGUACACAGACUUUUGCAUCUUAUUUAUUAGACCUUACUAAUUCUAUUGAAAAUAAUAAACAGGGUGUUGAGCUAACUCAUCUUAUUCAACAUUACACCAUGACAAGUAUUCUUGCUAUUGCCUUUGGAGACAUGUGUUCCUUUGAGCCUGGUGAUCCUGUUCUUCAUGAGGCCUUUAUGAUCACUGAUCGAAGUGCAAACAGUAUGAGCCCCUCUGAACAACUACGUGAAUUUUACCCCAUCCUCAAGACGAUUUGGCCUAUCAAGAAAGCUAAAUAUAUUGCAGUUCGUAGGGAUAUUGAUGCCUUUUAUGGUAAACUUUUAAAACAGUUUAAAGAAGAAAAAAGAAAACAAGAUUGCUAUGUUAAAGAUGUAUUGUCUCUGGGCGAACUAACGGAUCAACAAAUUACAAAUUUUAUUGCCAUCUUUAUUGGAGCUGGAUCUGAUACGACUGCAUCUACUUUAGAAUGGAUGAUUGCCUAUUUAGCAAAUUAUCCUGAGGUUCAAGACAAAGCUUUUGAGGAGAUCAAAAAUAAAGUGGGUCUUAGCAGACUUCCUAAUGCGAGUGACGGUAAAAACUUGUUAUUAUUUAUAAUAAAUAUGAAAAUUAGUUUAUUUAUUUGUAUUUGUAUUUGUAUUUUUUUUAUAUAUAGAAAUGGACCUUCUUUAUGUACAAUGCAUUAUUAUCGAAACACUCCGUCUUCGUCCACCUGCACCCUUUGCUAUACCACACUCUACAAGUAG